AUGCGAUACUCUGCCAUAAGCAGUCAAAGCAACGCCUCCUUUGCAGGGAAGUCCUUACCGACAUCCCCUGGGCAGCAGGAACUCGCUGAGCUGAUUGCUGGAGAACUGCGAGAUGUGGGUUUGGAGGAUGUAUUGUGUGACAACCACGCCACAGUAACAGCGAUUAAACGGGGCACUGUGAAGGAUUGCCCAACUAUCGGUUUCAUUGUUCAUCUCGACACAGUUGAUGUUGGUCUCAGCCCGGUUGUACGGGCGCAGAAGCUGCAUUACGACGGGGGUGACGUUUGCCUCAACAAGGAAAAGGAUAUUUGGUUACGGGUGACAGAGCACCCGGAAAUUGAGGCCUACGUUGGACAGGAUAUUUUGUUUAGCGAUGGUACCAGCGUGCUUGGGGCGGAUGACAAAGCAGCAAUCACGGCGGUCAUGGAAAUGAUCACAGGGUUGCAGCCGAACGAUGAACAUGGUGAUAUUGUUGUAUGUUGUGUGCCUGAUGAGGAGAUUGGCCUCUUGGGUGCGAAGAAUCUCGAUCUAAAGGCUCGUUUUGAUGUGGACUUUGCGUAUACGAUCGAUUGCUGUGAGUUGGGUGAAGUUGUUUAUGAGAACUUUAAUGCGGCGGCAGCACGUAUCACUUUCACUGGCGUCACGGCUCACCCCAUGUCUGCGAAGGGUGUGCUGGUGAAUCCGCUACUCAUGGCGAUGGAUUACAUUGCGCAGUUUGACCGCAACGAAACACCCGAGUGCACGGCGGGGCGUGAUGGCUAUUGGUGGUUUUCUGAUAUAUACGCCAACCAGAAUGAGGCGGUAUUGGAUGUCAAAAUACGCGAGUUUGAUGCAGUCAGGUUUGAAGCACGCAAACAACAGCUUCUUUCGGUUGCGGAGUCCAUUCGGCUGCGCUACCCAACUGGUGUUGUGGAGCUAAGCAUUUCAGAGCAGUACCGCAACAUUGCCAACUUUUUGGGUGACGAUCGCUCUGCAGUGGACCUUCUGUUCGAUGCAUUGCGCAGCGUUGGUGUGCAGCCAAAAGUAACACCGAUGCGUGGCGGGACCGAUGGAGCUGUUUUGUCUUCCCGGGGUGUUGUGACCCCAAAUUACUUUACAGGAGCACACAACUUCCACUCGAAGUUUGAGUUCCUUCCCAUUCCGUCGUUUGUCAAGUCAUAUGAGGUCACGCGGCAGUUGGCACUAUUGGCCACGAAGCUACCCAAGCUGCGGAAACGGUGA